AUGUGCCGUCGCGUGGCGGAAAUCCGUGGCGCCAUCGAAUGCUCGGAAUGGAUUCCUGGAAGCACGAUCGAGAUUGAAUGCGGGCACAUUCCGGCAACAGCAGCAGCAGCGAGGAUUUCAAGUGAUAACGGCAGCUACACGACUGUUCACAGAGAGUGGAAGCCGAUGGUGAAAUUGCGUGCUGGUCCUGUGGAUAUCAAUUCCAAUCUUAGCUUUGUCUUGUAUCCCGAUCCCAAGCUCCGCGCGAGGAACAUCCGCAUCAAUUCCUUCGAUGAUAAUGUCAAGAAGCUUAUGCUGGACGUGACGUACAGGAGAGAUGGAGUAGGCUUGUCGACUCCACGAUUAGGCAAAGGCAAAGGGUAUGUUUUCCUUAACGGGAAGAAAUUUGGUACCACCUUCAGGGGCUGGACUGCUCGAAUUUUCCGACAUGAGUAUGAUCACCUGGAGGGUGUCCUUUACAUCGACCAGAUGACUCCAAAAGCACUGAACUCAAUUGGACAAGAACUUUUGAAUCUGGAAGAGGAGUUUGAGAAGAGGUCUGGGACGCCUCGUCCCGAUGUGGUUAAAGACAAACUGUUAAGUUUGAUCCCGGUCGUCUCCUGUGAAGAUGCUCGGUUCGAUUACGCGCUCCGUUUUCAACUAACCGGAAACUUCAGCUGA